AUCGGGAUGCUUUCCCGGAGUCCAGCGGACAACCACAGAGUCCACCGAAGCUUCUAACCAAAACACAGCUGCCAGAACGGUAGGUGAAGGCCAGGACAACACUGCAUACUCAGGAAGCCAGGAGCUGAAUAUGCAGAUAUCAGUUUCCAGAACAAAGAUGGCGGGUUUGACCAAAGGAGCUGGUGUGUUGCCAGACGGUCCUCUGAAUGCAGCUGUGGGAGAGACUGUGAUGUUCAACACAACAGUGACUCCACCAGAAAUCCCAUUUAUAUUAAUGACCUGGAAAUUUGGGGAUAAAAAUAUAAUCAUUUUCAAUGCUAAGAACUUCACUUCACCAGAGUAUGAAGGCAGGAUCACCCUCUUCAUGUCUACUGGAUCUCUGGAGCUCAGGAAUCUGGCUCUUAAUGACACUGGAGAAUACAGUGUGAGUAUUAUUUCUUCGGGAGAACUACCGAUGGAUGGGAGCACAAGACUGAACAUUAAUGUGCCAGUCUCCAAUGUAAUGGCAACUGUCAGCAGCACAGACUUGGUGGAGUUCAACAGCUCUGUCAGUCUGUCCUGCUCCUCCUCUGGAUCCUCUCUCUCUUUCCUCUGGCUGAACGGCAGCUCUGAGGUUACAGCCAGUGACAGAGUUCAGCUCACUGAUGGAGGCUCUGCUCUCACUAUAGUUAACGUGACCCGCUACGACCAGGGACCAUUCAGGUGUCAUGUGUCCAAUCCCGUCAGUAAUGGCACCAGUGAUCCAAUAACCCUCUCCAUCAGCUAUGGCCCAGAAGAUAUUAAUUUGACAAUAUCUCUGUCACAAGAAUACUAUGGGGAAGGGUCAGACAUCACCCUGUCCUGCUCAGCUGACUCCAGACCUGCUGCCCAGUUUCACUGGUUUUUGAAUGGAGACCGGCUGUCGGAUACUGGACCAGAGCUCAGACUGAUGAACAUUCAGAUGAAUCAGACUGGGAACUACAGCUGUCAGGCCUUUAACAGUAAAACUCUGAGAUAUGAAACAUCUCAGCCUGCAGCUGUCUCUGUACUGGCGCGUGUUGCCAAUGUUUUGGUAACUUUAAACACUACAGACUUGGUGGAGUUCAACAGCUCUGUCAGUCUGUCCUGCUCCUCUUCUGGAUCCUUCCUCUCUUUCCUCUGGCUGAACGGCAGCUCUGAGGUUACAGCCAGUGACAGAGUUCAGCUCACUGAUGGAGGCUCCACUCUCACUAUAGUUAACGUGACACGCUAUGACCAGGGACCAUUCAGGUGUUGUGCGUUUAAUCCUGUAAGCAAUGAAACCAGUGAUCCAGUAAACCUCUCCAUCAACUAUGGCCCAGAAAAUAUAAUUUUGACAAUAUCUCCAUCAAAAGAAUAUUAUGGCAAAGGUUCAGACAUCACCUUGAUGUGCUCAGCUGUCUCCAAACCUGCUGCCCAGUUUCACUGGUUUCUGAAUGGAGACCUGCAGUCUGAUACUGGAUCAGAGAUCACACUGAUGAACAUUCAGAUGAGUCAGAGUGGGAACCACAGCUGUCAGGCCUUUAAUGACAAAACUCUGAGAUAUGAAACAUCUCAGCCUUCAGUUGUCUCUGUACUGGAGAGAAUAUCAGGUGCUUUUGUCACACCAACAACAAACCUGACGAUUGAGGGGAUCUCUGUCAACUUAACCUGUGAUGCUGCUGGUUCUGUCUUUACCAGAAAGUGGAUGAAGGAUGGCUCAGAUCUGACUCUAGCUGGAAACAUGAACCUUUAUGACAAGAACAAAGUGCUGUCUUUUAACAGCCUGAAAACAACAGACAGUGGGGUAUAUUCCUGUAAAAUCAGAAACCCCCUCAGCAACGAUGAAGCUAAAUACAGCAUGGUUGUGAUCUAUGGACCAGAAAAUGUUCAAAUCACAGGUCCAAGUGAGGUACAUGUGGGAAAGUCCUUCACAUUAACCUGCUCUGCUGAUUCCACACCAUCUGCUACUUACACCUGGAAACUGAAUGGGACAGAGAUACACAAUUCUACUGAUUUCACUAAAAACAACGCUGAUCUCUCUGACAGUGGCAGCUACACCUGUCAAGCAAUGAAUAGUAUAACUGAGAGAACAUCGACUGCAGUCCAUGGAUUGUCUGUAACAGCCAACCUAGGCAAACCAUCAGGCUGUUCGGCUGGUUGUAUCGCUGGAAUAGUAAUCGCAGUUUUAGUCGUCUGUGGAGCUGCUGGUGGUGGAGGGUACUACAUGUAUAAAAAAAAAAAACAGAAAAACACUGCUACCAGAACAGGAGGUGAAGGCCAGAACAACUCUGCAUACUCAGCAAGUCAGGAGCUGAACUAUGCAGAUAUCAGUUUCCAGAACAAAGAUGGCGGGAGAGUCCAGCUGGGGUUACAGAAUAGCCCAUCAGAAUACGCUCAGGUCCAAGUGAACAACAAUCCUCCUGCAGCGUCCUCCCCUCCUACCUAUGAUGCCAACCUGCAGCGAACAAAGAGGCCAGCUCCUUCACCUUAUGCUAAUACUGUACAAUACUAAUACUGGUGAGGUUAGACUGGAGAAGCAGCUGACGUGUGGUUAGAGAAACCUUCACAUUCCUCUCAGUUCCUUUAUAGAGGACUAAUUUACGUCAAAGCACUUUAGCAGUGGUUAAUAAACAACCAGGUAUUGCCAUUACUGAGGUCAGACGGCACAAUCCUGGCCUAUGAGCUUGCAUUCCCCACAUAUUAUAGCUUUCUGUUUGUACAGUGCAACAGUGCAGAUAUCUGAGGGGAAAUAUUCUGUGAUUCAGUUGUUUUGCUUGAGCCUAACGUUUGACGCUGGUGAGGUGUCUGAUUUGACUCCACGUGUAUACUGUGUGAUUCCAGUUGAGGUUACAGCUCGUCAGUUAUGGAUUUAUUUUCAUAUUUAUUUUAGCAUUUUACAAAAUGAAGAACAUAAUUUAAUUAACAAUAUUUAAUUUACCUUUCGAUGGUAUUUGUCAGGACUGUCAUUAAUACACUUUGAGCUUGUCAGUACAAUGGGGAAGUAAUGACCUUGCAUUGGUGGAAAGAUUUAUUUAUGUUAUCAGUUGGUGCACCAGGAACAGUUGAAAGAUCAACAGAGAUAUACAUGUUUUUUUUAUUCCAUGAUAACAAAGUUAAACUUUAUUAUCACACAAAGGGAAAGUCUGCAGCCAAGAUAAUCCAAAACUCUAUCAUGACUAAAAAAAAACAACCAAUACCAAGAUAUUUGUCUCCAGCUUCACUUGAAACAUAAACAAUAGUUGAUAGCCUACAAAAAAGUCUGCCUAAGUGGUUAUUUGAAGGAUAAAUAAAUGCCUUACUUUAAGUUUUGAAGUCUGUCCAACAGGCAUGCGGAAUCUGUCUUGUAAAAAAUAUCUCAAUCUUUUCCCGCAAGUGAUCAUCAGAGUAAUUCAGGACAAGUUUACGGUACAGUAAAUGUCAGUAAAAUGAUAUGGUGCUUUCUCUGUCAGCAUACCUCCCUGAAAGGCCUCGAGCAAACAGGGAAGUAAUUCAAAGAAGUGAAAAUAGAAGCAAAUUUACAUCGCCAAAUAUACAUUUGGUGUGACUUCUAAAACCUGUACAUAACCCAACUUUUAUGAAGACAUUUUUCGAUUACACAUUACAACUUGUGGACUGUAUCAUUAUUCUAAGACAUUACAUGCAGUGUGUUUGCAAUGGCAGAAGGGCUUUAUUUAUUAUUAAAGCAGAACACACUGUGUGAUGUGAUGAUCACUUUGAGAUAAUAUGUUAAGUAUUGGAGAUGGUAACGGCAUGAGCAAGGACUAAAUCAAGAGACCUUCGAUUUAGAUUUUUUAAAUAAGAAAUUUAAACCCUUUGACACCAUUGCGCUACGAGAGCAGUGAGUGUGAUCCAAAACAUCGUGGCCAGACAGCUGAAACAAUAAGCCGAAACUCACUAUAAAGCUCCGUAAAGCAGAGGGGAGCUGCAGAAUCACCUGAUAAUUCUCUGGAGGUUCAUCACUACGAGCAACCUCUUUCACAUUAUCACAUUGUUUAUACAUUGUCAUGUAAUACUUUUUAAGUAUAAAAAUAUUCAUUAUAGCUUUAAGUAGACAGAUGUAGAAUAUAUUGUAUCUGAUAUCACAACAAAUGCAUGAAAUAUAAAUGUAUAUAUAUUGUAAAUGUGUAUUUAAAGAGCGAGGCUUCAGUUAAAGGCAGAAAGUUAUUUGUCCUCAGCCAGGCUCCACAUUGACUCAGUCAGGUCCGUGUCAUCAGACUGUAUACACAAGUUCUAUUUUAGGUACUACCUUUUUAUAGAUGAAGAGAAGGAAGUCUCCCAACCUGAGCUAAUGAAUGAGUGUUUGGCCAGAUGUCCCCGCCCCCCGUUACUCAUUACUGUAGUAAAGAUCAAACUCCCUGUUUGUUAUUCACAUGGUUGAUUUUCAAAUGCAUUGUAAGCAAGUAUUGUUUUACAGACUUAACUUUUCCACGUUUUUAUUACUAUCAAACUAAAUUCCUUAAUUGUAACUUUUUACCCACAUUGAUGACAUUGAGGUAUUUUACUGGUAUUUUGAGAAGAUAAUCAAUGUAUUAAUUAAUGGAUUGUAAUAUACCAUGGUAUUUUUAAUAGAUUAUAUGCACUGUUUAAGUUAUAAAUUAACUGGUGGUUUUCAUGGUUUUAAGGUUUUUUUUACCCCUAAAAGGCCUUAGUUUUUCAAUUAAGGUCAAGUCAAUUUUAUUUAUAUAGUGCCAAAUCACAACAGAAGUUAUUUCAUGAAACUUGACCAUAUUUUACAGACCCACAGUCCCCAACGAGCAGCAACCCCACCCCCAUACAGAACCGAGCAUUAGGUGGGCGACCAUCUGCCUUGACCCAUUAGGUUGAAGGUAUAAAUUAACGGGUGGUUUUUGAUUGGUUAUAAGCGGAUUUUAAAACUUAACUCUUUUAACUUAUCAUAUUGUCCAUAAAAAAUCUCAUGUGCCCUCAAAGUGCUUUUCGAAUUAAGGGCUUUUGGUUUUUGCCUUUAUUAAAUUAUUGGACAAAUUAAAGGAUCUCUGGCUCCCAUACUAACCACCUCAAUCAAAUAUUAAGUGGUUUUGUAUGUAUUCAGGGUUAAAUUAAGAGGAAAUUGUAAUUCUUGUUUCACAGUGAAUUGUGUUGUAUCAUGAUUUGUUUAACAGUAAACUCUGUCCACUCUUUUUUUGUUCAAGAAUGUAACCUUUGUUGUGCAUAACGUUUUGUACGAUAGCCUAUCGUACAAACCCGUUAAUGAGAAUGUGUUGCACUGUCACAUGCCACUCCAAACUGAAUGUAUGAUUAAUGUUUGACCAAAGUGACCAGUGAUGUUACUCUUAGGUAAUAUUUGUAUUUUUAAUUUUGACAUUUGUAGAGCAUGUCCCACUUUAGGGACAUUUGCACAUUGGCAUAUAUUAUACAUGCACACGGACACACAUCACAGUGGCCCUAUUUUCUCUUGUGCAUGAAAGGCACAGAGUCUGAUUCUACAAUAGCUUGUUGGUGUCGUUGUUUUCAUAUUUGCAAAGUUUAUGGUACAUUCCAUAAAGAUGAACAUUUUGAAGACAAAUGAAGCGCAGUGCAAAAUCUGAAAUGGUCCUAUUUAGUGCAGGGUAGCAUAUGUUACUAAUAAACAUUGUAUAAUCUGUUUGA